AUGGAAUCGACUCUAGUGAUAACAAUAACGAUCAUUGCUACUUUCUCCGCAUCCCAGGAAUCAAACAGCCUGCUCUAUCCAUUCGGACAAGCCGAGGGUGAUACGCUGAACGGACGAAACGAUGAUGGAGGAUCUCCCAGGAUAAGCAUCUCAUUUUCCCUGCCGUACUUCGAUCGUUUGCACGACUCUCUUUGGGUGAACACCAAUGGAGUGAUAUCGUUCUUGGGCCAGAUACGCCAGUUUACGCCUGACUCAUUUCCACUUGGAGAUGGCAGGCGUUUGAUAACUCCUUUCUGGGGUGAUGUGGACACGAGAAAUGGAGGAGAUGUGAUGUACCGUGAAACAACCGACACCAGUAUCCUUGAACGCGCCACCUCGGAUAUCACCAGUGCCUUCCCAGACCAACCCAACUUCCGAGCUUCGUGGGUCUUCGUGGCUACGUGGCACGAAGUGGCAUAUUAUGGAUCGAGAAGCAACAAGCGAAACACAUUCCAAGCAGUUCUGGUUUCAAAUGGAAGACAGAGCUUUACCGUGUUUAACUACGGCGAUAUUACAUGGACCACAGGCACAGCAAGUGGUGGGAACUCAUAUACAGGCUUAGGAGGAACACCUGCACAGGUUGGUUUCAAUGCUGGAAACGGCAUGCAGUACUUCUCCGUCCCUGGAUCGCAGACCCACGCCAUUGUGGACGUAGAGACAACAUCAAACGUCAAUAUUCCAGGUCGCUGGGUGUUCCGCAUCGACAGCGCGGUCAUUCAAGACGGUGGAUGCAACGCUGAAGCACGGACAAUCAGCAUCACCCCAUUCUUUGGGACGAUGUUGGGCGGGACAAAGGUUAAGAUAUCAGGGCCCUGCUUUGACGGCCAAGACGUAGACAUCCGGUGCCAGUUUGGGACUAAAGAUCCGGUACCUGGAUGUAUUGCCGAUGACAAUACGGCAGUCUGCAUCUCGCCCUUUCUGUCUGAUUCAGGCAGGAUGCCCUUAUUCGUCUCAACAGAUGGCGGAGAUACGUACAAGUACACGACUAUUUACACUUCAGCUGAUCCGGACCGAGUUUUGACAGAAGUGACAGCCACUGAAAAUGAUGAAGAUGAGACCAUAACCAUCGAGUGCCAGCCUUCCACUGUUGAUCCCAACACGGUCGAUGUGUAUCUGCACGGAUUCGAUGAAAAGACUGAGACCUGGGGCACAAUAGCGAAGUUAGCUUCUAACGUCUCCAACACGGGCAAUUACACCAUUUCCACCGCGGACGGAUGGAUACCGGUCACUGUUGUGAAAACUGGCGCGCUGUCUGUAGCACCAGCUGCAGGAAACGGAGAGGCCAGACUGUUGCCUGCAGGUGCAAACCGUUUGCUGUAUGCAGGAAUAGGCACACACCUGGCAGUCAGAGCAACGGCAGCGAUUUUGUGCGACUCAUGGCACAAAGACGAGAGUCUCUUUCCCGAAUUCCUUGAAGAACUGUCAAGGGACAUCCCAUGUCCGACUAACUUAAACCAAGCACGAAGAGAUACAGGCGCUCAUCACUGCGUGCGGUCCAUCGAGUCGACGUUUCAGGGUGCUGGGCAGCAGUGUUGCUACAACCGAGAUGGCAGUCUGCUAUUGGACGGGCCGGGAAGAGGAACUCCUGACAGGAUACACUCAGCAGAUCCAUGGCUGGGUCACUUCGCAGCAGACGUCGCUCCCUAUUUCCUUUGCUGCAAGAUGUCCAAUAAAUGCGACAAAUACUUCGAAAGAAGGCCAGCCAAUGAUGGAACGGGCUACGUCUUCCCAAGACCUGCAACGACCUUCGGCGAUCCUCAUUUCAUAACUCUGGACGGAGCAUCGUACACUUUCAACGGACAUGGAGAAUUCGUCUUGCUGAACGCGAAUGAAGGAGAAUUCCGCGCGCAAGUUCGAAUGGAACAGCUGGUUAAUGAUGGCUCAGCUGUAAACGCCACCGUCUUCACUGCCUUGGCCAUGAGACAAAACCCAUCUGAAACCGUGCAGGUGCAGUUGAGUGAAGUUCGCACCAUGGACGUCCUUGUUGAUGGUCAACUGAUGGACUUUCAGGAGCUCACCGUGCAAGAGUUUACAGGUUUUGUGGUGACUGUGGAGGAUGCCGCUGAAGCACAGAUUUCCUUCAACUCCGGCAUCGGUGUGACAGUAAGCGCACAGGAGGACAUGCUGUCUAUCGCGAUGAACCUGCCACUCCGGCUGAGAGGAAACACCGUGGGUUUGCUUGGCAAGUGGAAUGAAGACCCCACAGAUGACCUGACUAGGCCAGACGGUACUGUAGUCCCUGCAAACAGCAGCAUGCGGGACAUCCAUAACCGGUUUGGGCUACCUUGUGAGUUGACAUCGCACUAUGCCUUCUUUUUCCACCUUUGCUCAUGCUAA